AUGUCUAUUAGUCGUGUUAAACAAUGUACCAUUUGUCCUAUACGUGUUGACGGAGAAGCUGGAUACCUGCGCCAUAUGCGACAAGUGCAUGGGAAUGAUCGUUUAUUUGGCACAAACUGCCCAUUGUGUGACUCUUAUUUCAUAUUUACUAAUCUAAAAUCUUUUAUGAAUCAUCUUCGUAAUCAUCAUUUAGGUCGUUCUUCUCAAGAGAUGCCUCCGUUAUCGUUGCUAUUAGAUUGUAAUGACUUUAAUUUAAACAAUUAUGGUGAAAUUGAAAUUGAACAACAUGAACAACAUGAACAACAUGAACAACAAGAACAACGAAUUUUAUCGUGGCAAUACGAAAAUCAUGAUCCAUUAGAUGAUAUCAAAAAUUUUUAUUUGAAGAUGCUGUUAAAAGUACGAGAAGGUCAUGUACUUCCUGGUAAUGUUAUGAAGACUAUGGCAUUAUCUAUUACCUGUCUAUUAGAAAUUUUUUCAUAUCAUUUGUUAUCAAAGCUUCACAUGAAUAUUAAUAAUGUCAUAUCAAACAAUUUUAACAAUGAUGUUGAAAAAACAUUAUUUGAAAUAUCAGAAAGUGAAGAUUCAUUUAUUUCUUCUUGUCAAAUUUAUUUCAAGUUUGUCAAACCAAAAGAAAUAAUCUUACCUACGGGAAAUAAAGCUUAUUACAUUCCAUUAUGUGAUCUACUCAUGAAUUUAUUUGAAAAAAAAGAUUUUUAUGACAGCAUUAAACAAGAAAACGAAAUUAUAUCUAAAUUUCAUGAAGAAGAUAUUAUUUAUCAUUAUCGAAAUGCAAAAAUUGGACGACAACAUCAUAUCUUAAAUAAUAAUAAAAAUUCUUUAUUAUUACAGUUGUACUCUGAUGAUUUAGGUGUUGUUAAUCCAUUGAUAGGUAAGAAUGCUGCACACAAACUGACAACAUUUUAUUUUUCGCUUGAUGAUUUACCAUCACGCCAUAGUUCAUCUUUAAGACAUUAUGUCAAGGGGGAAACAGCUGAUUAUUGA